AGGGCGGGCAGGACUCGCAGCACCAGCCCUCCUGUGGACGAAUAGGAACCGGUCCGCGUCGUCCCACUGAUGUUGUGACGUGAAUAUGGCCGAUAAGGGGCCGUUAUUGACCUCAUGUAUUAUUUUCUACCUAUCGGUCGGGGCCGCGAUAUUCCAGAUUCUCGAAGAGCCCAACUGGAUCUCGGCCAGAGACAGAUAUACCCUGCAGAAAGAAAACGUUUUAAAGAAGUAUACCUGCUUGUCUAAAGAAGCGCUGGAUGACAUUUUGGAGAUCGUGUCGGAAGCUGCAGGUCAAGGUGUGACCAUCACUGGCGAGAAACAUCGCAACACGUGGGACUGGGUCAACUCGGUCGUUUUCGCUGCCACCAUUGUCACUACCAUAGGUUAUGGCAAUGUCGCACCCAAGACUGAAGGUGGUCGUGUGUUCUGCAUCCUGUACGGUUUGUGUGGGAUCCCCCUAUGUCUGGUAUGGAUAAGCGAGCUGGGUUCAUUCUUUGGAGACAGGGCCAAGCGUCUGUCCCAGGUUCUGAUCCGCAGAGGCGUCUCAGUGAAAAGGGUCCAGUUAACCUGUACAGCCUUGUUCCUGUUAUGGGGGGUGUUCGUGCACCUGGUGAUCCCUCCGUUUGUUUUCAUGUCUAUCGAAGGAUGGAGCUACCUGGAAGGCAUCUACUUCUCUUUCAUCACUCUCACAACGGUUGGUUUUGGAGAUUAUGUGGCAGGCGUCAAUCCAAACAUAGAGUACCCAAGACUGUACAGAACAUUUGCAGAGAUAUGGAUCUAUAUGGGCCUGGCCUGGCUGUCGCUGUUCUUCAGCUGGAACGUCCACAUGGUAGUGAAAGCUCACAAGAAGUUCAAGCAAAGACGACACAGGUACCGACACUUAGAUGACGAGGAGCCCCAGCCAGAAGGGGAAAAGCAGAACCCAGAAAUAAAGCGGUCCGUCAUCGACAUCUUCAACUUCAUGUCUGAAAACGGGGAGGACUACAGCACCGUCAUACACGAUAUUGGAAGUAAGGCAAAAAAAAGAAACCCUGAAGAGAAAGUAAACCGCUCUAAGAGCUGCAGCGACAUCCUGGCCAUCCGUACCCUGGAUCAUUCGCCGAAACACAAACACAUGAUCAGCAUCAGUCAGGUGUUAAUGACCGCAAAAUUGGAUCAAGAGGAGGAGCAUCCGCCACAAGAGAGCAACAGAGGUAGGGAGCCUCCAGAAUGUGCAAGGACGGCAGGUAGCAUGGAGAACAUAGACAGUUGUCCAUUUGAACCAGAAAAUGAGGGAAUCUUCUUCACUGUACCUGCCAAAGACGCUGCAGAAGAACAGACUGUACAGCAGGCGGGCGGAGGGGAAAGUAGGUUCUCAAUAUCCAAAGUAAAGGAAGAUUGGGUCAUGGACAAAGAUGAAAAAGGGUAAAACAAUAAUGUUGUCAAGUGGACAAACUGCAUCCGUGCAAUUCAAGGGUUGACUGUUUAACAGCCUCCAUCUUCACAACAGCAUUAUAUCAUGCAAAUCUUCCAUUAUUGAAACACACAACCCAUUUGGCGGACGCUUUUAUCCAGACAAACUUACAAUUAGUGUUUACAACAUACAACACCUCAAGACCAUAACAAACCACCUACUCGACCCACUGCAGUUUGCCUACAGAGCCAACAGGUCCGUAGACGAUGCAGUCAACAUGGGACUCCACUUCAUCCUCCAGCACCUCGACUCCACCGGCACCUAUGCCAAGAUCCUGUUUUCGGACUUCAGCUCCGCAUUCAACACAAUCUCCCCAGCUCUUCUCCGGGACAAGCUGACACAGCUGAGCGUGCCUGAGCCCACCUGCAGGUGGAUCACUUACUUCUUGAGACCCGGACCAUCAGCACUGGAGCCCCACAAGGUUGUGUGAUCUCUCCUCUACUCUUCUCCCUCUACACCAACAACUGCACCUCCAGCCACCCCUCUGUCAAACUCCUGAAGUUAGCCGACGACACCACCCUUAUUGGACUCAUUUCCAAAGUGGACGAGGCUGCCUAUAGAGAAGACGUUAACAGCCAGGCUUCCUGGUACAGCCAGAACCACCUGGAGAUGAACGCUUUAGAGAUGGUAGCAGACUUCAGGAGGAGCCCAGCCCAAACCGCCCCCCUCACCAUGGGCAACUCCCCAGUUAAAACAGUUGUGUCUUUCAGAUUCCUGGGGACGAUCAUUGCACAGGACCUGAUGUGAACGGAGAACAUCACCUCCGCCAUCAAGAAGGCCCAGCAGAGGAUGUUCCUCCUGCGGCAACUGAGGAAAUUCAACACGCCGCGGAAAGUGAUGGUUGAGUUCUACACAGCCAUCAUUGAGUCCAUCCUCACCUCAUCAAUCACAGUCUGGUUUGCUGCCUCCACUGCCAAGGACAAGGGCAGACUGCAGCACAUCAUUCGGUCAGCCGAGAAGGUCAUCGGCUGUGACCUGCCGGCUCUCCUAGACCUGUUCCAUUCCAGGACUAGUAAGAGUGCAGGUAAGAUCAUUGCUGAUCCUUCCCAUCCCGGUCACAACCUUUUCCAGAGACUCCCAUCCGGAAAAAGGUUCCGGGCCAUCAGGACUAAAACCUUGCAUCACCUGAACAGUUUUUUCACCUAUUGCAGUUGGGCUCACAAACAAGCCCCCUGCAUCACAUUGACUCUGCUGACCCCCCCUCGCAAUUUUUUUUUUAACUAAAUAUUAUUGGCACUAUCACCAAUCUCUGCACCUUAGAACCGCACGUGCCCAUAAUUCUCUUACUGUUUAUGUUUUUCUAUUGUUGUUUUUCUAUUGUUUGUACAGUGAACCAACCACACCAAGGCAAUUUCCUGUAUGUGAAAAUAUACAUGGCAAUAAAAAGGAUUCUGAUUCUGAUCUAUGAGGGGCCAUUUAGGGCCUCAGUAUCUGGUCCAAGGAAACUUUGGCAUGCAGGUGGGGAAGACUGAGGCUCGAACUGCCGACAGUAUGACGACUGCUCUAGCCCUCAGUCACAGCCACCCUCCCAAUUCUCUUCUUGCAAACGUUGAAUAAAGAUUGUUUUUUAUUAUUUUUUGAA